GGAGUUUUUAACUUCAAGCAUGUUCAAAAAACUUACAAUGCUUUGCUCUUGAAAUUCUCAAAGAAAUUUGAGCUGUGGACAGCCCAGGAAACUCUUGUGCACUUUGGAAAAGAUCCUAAAAAAGAAGGAAAACAGAGAAAGGCUUUCUGGAUCUCUUUUCUACACCAGGAUGAGACUCUUGGAAGGUAUGUUGGGAAGGCUUAUAAGACGCGCAAGGAGCUGCUGUACCACUUCAACGAUGUUGAGCGUCAGAUGACUGCUCAGUAUUAUGUCACAGAAUUCAACAAAAGACUCUAUGAGCAGAACAUUCCCACUCAGAUAUUCUACAUCCCUUCUUCUGUUCUGUUGAUUAUGGAUGGCAGAACCAUUGCAAGCUGUGUUAGUGUGGAACCUUACAUUCUUGGAGAUUUUGUAAAACUGACCAAUAACACUAAAACAGUGAGAAUGCAGUAUAAUGCUACCAAAUAUGGGUUGGCUUUUGGACAUUUUGUAUAUGAAUUUUCACAGUUUUCUGAUAUAGUGGUAGAUUUACAAGGAUGGUUUACUGGGAGUAAGGAAGGAGAAGCACUUAUCUACCUCACUGACCCUCAGAUCCAUUCAGCUAAGGAUACACCAGGCUCCUCCUGUAUAAAUUUUGGAAAUAAAGGGAUAUACAUGUUUUUCAGUUUUCAGCAUACAGAGUGCAAUGAAAUAUGUCACAGACUUUCAUUAACCAGACCAGACAUGAAAGAGUUAGAGGAGCAUAGCAACAAAAGAACACAAAGGGAUCGUCAACAUCAGUUUAAAAAGACCCACAGUAUGUAA